AUGGCUCUUAAUGCUGCCCUGCCAGGAGCAAUAUGGGCCUCCUUUAGAAUCACUAGUCUUACUAAAGAUUUUUUAUUUUUGUCAUUUCAGGUGCGACAUAUUCUGUGUGAGAAACAAUCAAAGGCUUUAGAAGCCAUCGAGAAAUUAAAAAGUGGCAUGAAGUUUAAUGAAGUAGCUACCCAAUAUAGUGAAGAUAAAGCUCGGAAUGGGGGUGACCUUGGUUGGAUGACUCGUGGAAGCAUGGUUGGACCAUUCCAGGAGGCAGCUUUUGCUCUCACACCUAGUUGUGUAAAUUCUCCUGUUUAUACAGAUCCUCCUGUGAAAACUAAGUUUGGUUACCAUGUUAUAAUGAUUGAAAGCAAAAAAUGAUAUAAAUCAUUUUUCCACUA